AGCCCGGUGAUGCUGUCAUAAACCGGAGAAUAAAUUCCCGUUUAACGACCCUAGGGAGGCGUCGUAUCCUGUGAAUGGUUAUUAUGGUUGGCUGCGUUAAUUUGUAAGUACAGGCCUGUAAUGUGUUGCUGGAUGCGACGCCGUUCAGAUGCGUAACACAACCCGCUUGUUGUAGGCUGUUGCUGUUUUUGUUUGGGCUUGUAAGGAUAUAUUUGAUGCUGUGUGGAAGCCGUCGGGGUGAAUAAUACAUUUGUCUUCCAAGGGCAUCAGUGAGCGACACGGUGCGGCAGCGAUGUGCACGUCUGACGGCUAGACGGAGCAAGAGAGGGACGGAGCCUGUUCGUGCAGCUGCAGUCGUUGACUCCUCACAGUUAUCGCUCAUAUCCAGGGUUCAAGCACUCUGCUUCUCGCUCCUCACUCGGUUCACCGCCUGGCUUUAGGAUGCGACGUCAUGACUUGAUCGCGCCUGACAGAUGUUGCUGUGUUGCAGUUGCACGGGCAUAGAUCCUCCGCGUGCGCUCGCUGUUUUGAUUUUCUGGUUGGCGGUGAUGAUUCUGUAAGAUAAAACGGUUCGUGCGAUACAUGCCAAGUCCUCGCUUUGUGCUCGGGCAGACAGCAACAUUCAUUUAGUCUUCGGGAUUGCAUAAAAUGAUACCUGGAUCUGCCGCAUCAAUGCUACCAUCUGCAGAAGCUGCGAAAUUGUACCAGACCAAUUACGUCCGCAACUCCCGUGUCAUCGGACUUUUAUGGGCCAUCUUCACUAUCCUGUUCGGCAUUGUUAACGUGACCAUCUUCUCACAGCCCUAUUGGAUUGGGGAUGGCGUGGAUACGCCGCAGGCCGGCUACUUCGGCCUUUUUCACUAUUGCGUCGGAGACGGGAUCUCCAGAGAGCUGGCCUGCCAGGGCAGCUUCACCGAGUUCGCCGCGAUCCCCUCCACCGCGUUCAAGGCCGCCUCCUUCUUCAUUGGGAUGUCCAUGAUGCUGGUCGUCACCUGCAUCGGCUGCUUCAGUCUCUUCUUCCUGCUCAGCACCUCCACCGUGUACAAGAUCUGCGGCUGGAUGCAAGCAGCAUCAGGUGUCUGUUUGGUGCUGGGCUGUAUGAUUUACCCUGAUGGUUGGGACAGCGACGAGGUGCGGAGGAUGUGCGGAGAGCAGACGGACAAAUACAGCCUGGGGGCUUGCUCAGUGCGUUGGGCCUACAUCUUGGCUAUCAUGGGCAUCCUGGACGCUCUCAUCCUCUCCUUCCUGGCUUUCGUCCUGGGGAACCGGCAGGACGGACUCAUGACAGAGGAGCUGCUGGCUGAGAGCAAGGAGGGAGGCAACGCCUAACCAAAUCUGUAGGUCCCUGAAUUUCCCUGUGUCUGUUUUCAUGAAGUACCAGUCAACCCUCAACAUCAGCUCGGAGGAGGGAGGCCAUCCAGCUCUGUGACGGAGAGGAAUACUUUGGAACCAGCCAGCCUGCCUUCCACAUCUACCUGCCAAGACCCCAGUGUAACCUUCCCUCAGAGUCCAUCCAUUUUGCUUGCAGUCCCUGAAUCAUCCCCAGCACUUAGAUGGAGCCCAAUGCACUUCUAUCCCAGUGUGUCUACAGACCUAACCCUUGCACAGCAUCGCAUAGACCAUGGCAGGGGCGGAGACUGUUACUCUAUUGAGAAGUAUAUGGACUACCCACUACCUACCUGAGAAGGCACAGGGUUGACAUUGUACACCUGCAGUACGAGCACAGACACAAGACACACACACGCACCCAUACGCACAAACACAACUCGACGCGCACACACAUACACACACACACACACAGUACAUUCAAACGAGACAUCGACAAACUCUGUAAUUACAAGUAUUAAACUAUGUUAACACUUAGCCGUGUGUACCACCGUCAGAAUGUGUGUCAUGUUUUCUUUGUGAAAAGAAGAAACCGCUCAUUUUCAGAUAAUAUCGGGUUGAUGUAAAUCUAUUGUGUUUCAUAUGUAAAGUUUGACAAUGAAAUGAAAAUUCUAGUUUCUUUUGUUUUUCCUCAUACACCCCCUGUUCAUUUAGGAAAAAGAUAUUUAAGGUAUUUUAUAAGAAUAUUAUCAUCAAGAAGAGAAAAUAAAAAAAACUUGUAUUAAAAAGUAUGUACAGUGAAUAUUAAAGAUGUUCUAGGAAUUUUAACUAAAUCCAUUUAAUGCCCUGCUAGCUAACUUUGCACAGCGCUUCAGUUUGAGGAGAAAUUUAAUAUUUUAUAGUCUGUGGUAUCUACACUGUGAUGGGGGCUAUUAAGACUGUGUGCUGCAGGACUCGUAGCUGCGGUGUGAGUGUGCUUCUGUGCGUGUGUGUCGGGAGGUCUGUGGAGGUGAGAGCGUGACUGGGAGUGCAUGCACAUAUGUGAGUGCUGGUGUGAAUGUGUUGUGUGCAAUAGUUGGGCUAGAGAACCAAUAUGCCAGCCUCACACACACACAAUUGUUCCUGUUGUGUAGCUAAAUCAGUCUGUCUCCGUCUUUGUCUCCAGAUCUCUCUCUCUUUCCGUUCCUCUCUCUGACUCCCUUUGUUUUGUUGGGACAUACAGGGUAACAUGAUGGAGGUGCAGUGUGAUGUAUAGUGACUGAGGAGUGGACACUAGUGGUGAUGGAUUAGUGAGGCCUGUCCCAGCGUCACCUGUGGAUAUGUUCCUGUGUAAAUAGAUAUUCUAUAGAUACCAAACAAUUAGCAAACAUGGAGAAGGAGAUUAACUUAGAACAAUUAAAGAGAUUCCUUUAAGAAUAUAUGAACACUUAA